CUGAAGGUGCCCUCCUACCUGAACUACCGCUUCCUGGGGGAGAAGGACUGUGGGGCGCCCUGCGAGCCCGGCCGCCUCUACGGGCUCAUGUACUUCGGGCCCGAGGAGCUGCGCUUCUCCCGCACCUGGAUCGGCAUCUGGUCGGUGCUCUGCUGCGCUUCCACCCUCUUCACCGUCCUCACCUACCUGGUGGACAUGAAGCCGUUCACUGUGGCCUACAUCGCCGGCUUCCUGCUGGAGGAAAAGGUGGUCUGCAACGAGCGCUUUGCCGAGGACGGCUCCCGCACCGUCGCGCAGGGCACGAAGCGGGAGGGCUGCACCAUCCUCUUCAUGAUGCUCUACUUCUUCGGCAUGGCCAGCUCCAUCUGGUGGGUCAUCCUCUCCCUCACCUGGUUCCUGGCAGCUGGCAUGAAGUGGGGCCACGAGGCCAUUGAGGCCAACUCCCAGUACUUCCACCUGGCCGCCUGGGCCGUGCCGGCCAUCAAGACCAUCACCAUCCUGGCCCUGGGGCAGGUGGAUGGGGAUGUCCUCAGCGGUGUCUGCUUUGUGGGCAUCAACAACGUGGACGCCCUGCGGGGCUUCGUGCUGGCCCCCUUGUUCGUCUACCUGUUCAUCGGCACCUCCUUCCUGCUGGCUGGCUUCGUGUCCCUCUUCAGGAUCCGGACCAUCAUGAAGCAUGACGGCACCAAGACGGAAAAGCUGGAGAAGCUCAUGGUGAGGAUAGGCAUCUUCAGCGUCCUGUAUACGGUGCCGGCCACCAUCGUCAUUGCCUGCUAUUUUUAUGAGCAAGCUUUUAGGGAACAGUGGGAGAGGAGCUGGGUCACGCAAAGCUGUAAGAGCUACGCCAUCCCCUGCAGCCACCACCCGCCCAUGAGCCCCGACUUCACUGUCUUCAUGAUCAAGUAUCUCAUGACCUUAAUCGUGGGCAUCACCUCGGGCUUCUGGAUCUGGUCUGGGAAAACCCUGAACUCCUGGAGGAAGUUUUACACCAGGCUCACCAACAGCAAGCAGGGCGAGACCACCGUUUGA